GCUGAGCUGGCCCUUUAAGAUGAUACACUUCAAUCUAGGCGUGUUUCCUGCUGCCAUUGACUAAAACAAGACCUCGGAUCCUGCGGGAAAGCGCGACAAAAGCGUUUCUGUGUAUAGGCUGUGAUUAUUAUUAGUUUUAAAACAGCCUUUUAAAACAGAAUAAAUAAGCAUUUUUUUAAUUGGACCCGGACGCCGUGCUCGAAGACACGUUUUUAGUCGUAUUAAUGAAACAGCGGUGGUAGUGUUGUGUGAUCGUUUAUGAUUUAUCAAGAUGAUAUGAAUGUCAACCGGUCAAGGUCCACUCUUUCAAUGCAGGAACCGGGAUGGGAUAUUUCUGAGUCUCUUGGAAACAUUUUUCCGCAAGCCUUUGGAUGUGAUCCUGCCAUUGACGUAGGCUACAGUUGUCUGGUUUAAUUGAAUGUAAACGGUUCGUGGGCUAUCUUCUGAUAUCACGGCGGGGGGCCGUGCCAAUACAGUAAGAGAAAAGAUCGUGGAGUCUAGAAAAUGGAUUAAAGGAAGAUCAGCGUGCGACACAAGAAACCGAGGAACAUGCUUCAUAACCAUGUCCUAGAAGGGAGAUCGUUAUUAUUACAGAAACAAUCCCUGAUUUGCCUUGAAUGGAUUUUAUGGCGUUUUUAUUCAGCAAUACUAGUUAAAUUGCCCGGGGUACAAUCCUGUUCAGUUUAGCAUCAUUACCAGAUAUUACUUCAAGGAUUCGGGACUUUUCAUGGAAAGGGAAUAGGUUGUUAGACACCCCUUUUUGCUAAAUCUGCGCAAGCCCCAGCCUCCCAUCUCUUUGGAUAUUCGCGUUACAGACCUAUUUCUUUGGUAGAAUAGGCCACCCGUUAGCCUACCAAAAGGACCCGUUGUCCGUGGACGUUGAUUUCAACCGGCAUCAUGUCGGCCGUGAUGAUAACGCGAAAGGUGCGAAAAUGGGAAAAGCUCCCUGGUAAAAACACGUUCUGCUGUGAUGGACGUGUGAUGAUGGCGCGACAGAAAGGCGUCUUCUAUCUGACGCUGUUCCUCAUCGUUGGAACCUGCGCUCUCUUCUUUGCAUUCGAAUGCCCGUACCUGGCUGUCCACCUGUCUCCCACCAUACCCGUGUUUGCCGUGGUCCUCUUCCUGUUCGUCAUGGCGAUGCUGCUGAGAACCAGCUUCAGUGACCCAGGGGUUCUGCCACGCGCGCUUCCAGAAGAGGCCAGCUUCAUCGAAAUGGAGAUCGAGGCCGCCAAUGGGAACGUCCCCGCGGGCCAGCGGCCUCCGCCGCGCAUCCGGAACGUUCAGAUCAACAACCAGAUUGUGAAGCUCAAGUACUGCUACACCUGCAAGAUCUUCCGGCCGCCGCGCGCCUCCCACUGCAGUAUCUGUGACAACUGCGUCGACCGCUUCGACCACCACUGUCCCUGGGUUGGAAACUGCGUGGGCAAGCGGAACUACCGCUUCUUCUACCUUUUCACCCUGUCACUCUCCCUGCUGACCAUCUACAUAUUCACCUUCGACAUUGUCCAUGUAGUCAUGCGCUCGGUGGACUCUGGAUUUCUGAACGCUUUGAAGGAAACCCCUGGAACUGUGUUGGAGGUGCUCGUGUGUUUCUUCACUCUCUGGUCGGUGGUCGGCCUGACCGGCUUCCACACCUACCUGAUCUCUCUCAACCAGACCACCAAUGAGGAUAUCAAAGGCUCAUGGUCAGGGAAGAACCGAGUGCAGAACCCCUACAGCCACAAGAACAUCAUGAAGAACUGCUCUGAGAUCCUUUGUGGGCCCACGUACCCGAGUGUCCUGGACAGACGAGGAGUGAUGCAGCAGGACGAUUCGCCGUCUCUUACGACCGCUGCCACCCCGUCCUCCACCAGCGACAGCACAGUACCACAGACCACAAAACCCACGGCGCCGCUCAUCCCCAACGAGCACACGCCUGACGACGCCAAGCCCAGCAUCGCCACCUCCACGGAGAUCAGCACCUCCCUCACGGAGGAGUCGGAGUCGACCGCCCACAAGGUCCCGCCCCUCGCCUCGCCCGAGACCGAUGUAGAGGCGUCCAUCGCCAAGGCGGCCGCACACUAGCUACGUGACGCA